UUUCAACUGCUUCCUCUCAUCAGCCCUCAUCGCCUUCCAUUCUUGCAACGACUGUUCAGCAAAAUGCGUGUUUUUCUCGCCGUCUUGAGUAUUGCAUCUGCCGCGUCUGCAACUUUCUUCCAGGACUGUGGAUCUGUGGCUUCCGAUGUGGUGUUGAAUUUAGAAGACUGUGAUGCAGUGCCCUGUCUCCUGCAACGUGGAAGGUCAUACGCAGUUAAUUUCAUAUUUACAACAAGCCAGGCAUCGACCAGCCUGAGGAUCAGUGCCACAGCAAGCAUAGCGGGCAUCAACGUACCCUGGCCGGGCGUGGAUACUGACGGGUGUGCCUGGCUGGAAGGCACGUCGACCCCUUGCCCUUAUGCAGCCGGGGUACGCGUCGACUGGGUCAUGCAGGCGGAGGUUCUAAGCGAAUACCCCGCGAUCUCCUCUGUGGCCACCUUCAAACUCAUUGACGAUCAGGGAGUGUCCCAAACAUGUGCUGCUGUGCCCUUCACUAUUGUAUAAUUUAAUAACUUGUCUUUAUA